AUGACGGUGAAUGAUCAGGAUAUUCCCACUGUGCUCCCUGAGCAUGAGUCUGACAGGGUCAGCGCAAGAAUGGGGGCUGCCGACAACCCAAGUAUUUCCAAGAUGGUCGAGGCAGCGGCGAAAGCGCCAGCAGCCAGCGAAUAUUCAUAUUCCUCCCCUCUCGACUUUUGGCGCAAUGUUCUUGCGGGGGGUGAAUGCUCAUCAUAUCCGACCCUACCACUGUCGGUAGAUCGGCCAGAGACAGACAAGGAAACAGAAUACCAGUUUUCUCGACCUCUAGAGCCCACCCGGGGCAUCCUUAUGUCAACACUAGUCCACGCUGCAUGGGCUUUAAUCACCGGGUCUAUGGCUGACUCCGGCGAUAUUGUAUUCGGCGCAGCAGCAUCUAGAGGAAACACAAUCAUUCCGGUGCGCGUUAAAUUAAACCCUGAGCAAGAAGUGGCGGACUACUUGCAGGCGGUCCAACAGCAGGCGACGGAGUCAAUUCCCUAUGAGCAGCUGGGAUUAGAUCAAAUCGCCAAGGCAUCUUCCGACUGUCAAAAGGCUUGCGUAUUUCAAACAUUGCUCGUACAGCCCCAGGGAACUUGCCUACUUAUGGGGUUGAGCGAGUACGCUCUCGUGAUCCAGAUUAAACUUGCUGGCAGCCAAGUUCAUGCUAAGGCUUCGUUUGACUCACGGGUAGUCGAGCCAUUGAUUGUCUUUAAGCUAUUGCGUCGCCUUGAGUUCAUGAUGCAGCAAUUAAAUAGCACAAUCCCCGAAAAGGCAUUGGAAGAUCUCGAGACGCUUCCCUCGUCGGAGCUGAACCAGAUCCUGGAGUGGAAUAGCGCUAUUCCGCCAGUUGUAGAGCGAUGCAUUCAAGACUUCAUCCAGGAACAUGCACAGACAGAGCCUGAAGCCCAGGCAGUCUGUGCUUGGGAUGGCGAGCUCACAUAUCGCGGUUUGAAUGAUCUAUCAUCUAACGUCGCCUCCUACUUCGUUAGCCUCGGCGUUGGUCCUGAGAAGGUCGUACCUCUAUGCUUCGAGAAGUCAAUGUGGACCGUUGUGGCCAUGCUUUCUGUUCUCAAGGCCGGUGGCACCUUCGUUCUGCUUGAUCCAGACCUUCCCGAAGGCCGUAUUCAGAAUAUCACCCGACAGGUGCAGGCGGAGACUUCCGUUACAUCCAAGUCUUGCCAAAACCGGCUAUCUCCCUUCGUCUGCCAAACGGUCGUGCUUUCAAAAGACACAAUAGAAUCUUUGAAGUCGCAAGGUGAGCGAUCGCCGUCACAGAUGCCAAAAACUGUUGCCAGCAACUCCGCCUAUAUCAUUUUCACUUCCGGUAGUACUGGAGAGCCAAAGGGAUGUGUUGUCGAGCAUCGAUCUUACUGUUCGGCUGCUUUUGCCCAUGGCAAGAUUUUGGGUAUGAGCAAAGCUGUACGUGUUUUGCAGUUUGGCUCCUACAACUUUGCCGGGGCUAUCAUGGAGAUGCUCAUGACCAUAAUCCAUGGAGGUUGUAUUUGCAUCCCGUCAAAAGAGGAUUGCAGUAUCAACCUUGCUCCCACGAUUGGCAAGCUAAACGCUAACUGGGCAUAUUUAACCUCUACUGUGUUGGCCCUCCUCCACCCGGAUGACGUUCCAUCCCUGCGGACAAUUUGCGUCGGUGGUGAGGCCAUCCGAAGCUCCCAGAUCAAGGACUGGGCGGCAGUGGUCCAUUUGCGCCAGGCAUAUGGCAGUGCGGAAACUGCUGCUGUUGUCUCGUCAGCUGGAUUGGAUCCAACCUCGGUGGUUACCAGUGUUGGAAAAGCGACUACUUGUAGAUGCUGGCUCACCAGCCCAGGAAAUACCAACCAGCUGGUGCCGAUCGGUGCACCUGGUGAAAUCGUUCUUGAAGGACCAGUAAUCGGACGGCACUACAUUGGUAACCCAAAGAAGACGGCCGAAUCCUUUAUCAAGGCGCCGUCCUGGAGAGCUGCGCUAGGCCCCGUCGCUGCCUCGUCACGGUUCUACCGAACUGGUGACAUCGCUUCAUAUAGAAGCGACGGAUCGAUCGACCUGCUUGGGAGGAAGGAUACUCAGGUUAAGCUGCACGGCCAGCGUAUUGAGCUUGGAGAGAUUGAGCACCAAGCGAGGCAAUCGUCACCCGACCUGAAGGAAGUUGCCGUCGAACUGAGUGUUCUCGGUAAUGGCAGCGCUAGGCUGAUCGGCUUUUUGGUGCUCAAGCCUAGCAAAGAAAACGCAAAUGGCGUCGGUGUGAUUAUUGAUAACCGGAUCAGGGCUAUUAUUCAGGGUAUCAAAAGACAAUUAGAGACAGUGCUACCCUAUUACAUGGUUCCAUCAGUGUUUCUCCCAAUCCAAAGGCUUCCACUGACGGCGUCUGGGAAGACUGAUCGGAGAAUCCUGCGCCAGGUGGGCUCGGCACUCACGGCGCAACAUAUUCUGGAAUUGCAGUCAGAAUCUGUGGGAGGGAAGCGACAACCAAGCACGGAGACCGAAAAGACGCUGCAAGGUAUCUGGUCUGAGAUGCUAAAUAUUGACCUAGCUACCAUUGGCCUUGACGACAGUUUCUUCCAGCUCGGAGGUGACUCCGUGACCGUCAUGAAGGCUGUGAGCAAAGCCCGCACUUUUGGCAUGAAUAUGAAGAUGGCAGACGUCUUCCGCCAGAAUACAAUCGCAAAGCUGGUCCAGCAGCAAUCACUGAGCACUAACGAUGCACCCGAGGAACUUGAUGGAGUUAUUCUCGUUGAACCUUCUAUCAAGUCCACUUUGCUUAGAGAGCUCGACUUGAAGUUUGGAAUCAACCCUGCAGAUAUCACAGAUAUACAUCCUCUGACUGGCGUCCAGGAGACUCUUGUGGCUGCUAGUCUAGCAUCUGGUCCAAUAGCGGAUUAUUCCUAUCUUGAUCUCGAUGCGGGCCUAAACGUGUCGUACUUGGAAGGCAGGUGUAUGAGAGUUCUCGAAAAGUUCCCCAUUCUUCGCGCCCGCUUUUUCCAGAUCCAGGGUAAGUCAUGGCAGGUUGUCUUGCAUCAGCUCAAUGACGCUUUCAGCGUUUAUAACGUUGUUGGGGAUCUCGAGGAGUAUUUCCGGAACUUUUGCCUCAAGAACGUGGAAUCAAUAGUACCAACCCAGGCCCCCGCCGCAUUUAUUCUUUUCAAACACGAUAAGGGGAUGAGGUUAACUGUGCGGUGGUCGCACGCUCAAUAUGAUGCUUUCAGCGCGCCCUUUCUACUCCAAUCGAUCUUCGAUAGCGACCAAGGGGAGAUUCCUGCGAAGCCAACCUUUCCCAUGUUCCUAGCUUACGCCGCCAACCGUCGUGGCCAAUCGCUUGCGUACUGGAGUCAAUUAUUGCAAGGGUCCCAUCUUACUCCCAUUGGGCCCCAUGUUCGCCCCGUUAAUCCUCCGAUCACCGUGCCGGAGGAAGUACUCGCCGCGACGGAGGCGCAUUUGGUACAUCGUACCGGCAAGAUUACUCACGCCACACUAGUACGGGCCGCAUGGGCUGUACUCCUCUCACAGCUGGCGGGCGAAUCUGAUGUGAUUUACGGCCAUGUAGUCGCUGGCCGCAACGCCGCAAUUCCAGCUGUGGAGAAUAUCGUUGGAUGCUGUCUGAAUAUUCUGCCGGAGCGUGUUGAUUUCUCAUCUAUCAAAACUGUUUCUGAACUGGUUCACACCAUUCAAGAGCAAUAUCUCUCAAUGGGAGAUGCGGACUCGCUUGACUUUAGGGAUAUCAUUAAGCAUUGCACCGAAUGGCCGGCCGGUUCAAGCUUCGACACGGUUCUCCAUCAUCGAAACGUCGACGAGGAACCUGCGAUCCAGACGCCAGGUGGCAUUUCACGGAUGAAGACCUUUAAGAAGACGCUUGUGUCCCCAUUCAUCUUCAUUUUAUCGGUCUCGAGGGGCGGGAGCGUUGGCAUCGAAUUGAUUGCUAACACUCACAUCAUGGCUUCGGGGACGGCUAAGAAGAUGGUGGGGGAUUUGGCUCGUAUCAUGGAGAAGCUCGUUACUGGCAUGGACAUGACUCUGCCAGAGUGGAUGAACGAGAUUCAGUUGUUGAUCGAAUGA